GGGGGGGGGUGGAGAGCUGGGGGGAAAACACACACAAAACCAGUUUAAACUUUAUUUGCCCGGUGUUUCGUCCAGCGGUGCCGCUCUCUGCAGCUGGUCGCGUCGCUCCGCCGGCCGCCGCGGUGUUGCGCUUUCCCCCCAAAGAUGGCACUGGAUGUCUUUCGCAUUUUCCUGGGAUAUUAUUUUUCAUCCCCCCCCGGGGAGCCCGGCUCCGGGUUGGUAGAGCUGUAAAUCUUCCCCUUUUCGCAUUCAUUCACCCUCGCUCUGUUGUGGAUUUGUAUUCGGUGCUGGUGAAGAAGGCGGCUUGUUAUGUGGGGUGAAUUAGAAGUGAACGCGUUAGAUAUUUUUUUUUUCUUUUUCUUUUUUUCAUUUUUUCCCUCUUAAACUGGCGACCCUAAAGCCCACGCAGGUGACGUUAAAUGUAAAAUGAAAUCUGGAUGAGCGCAGAGACUUUGUGUCCUGGCAGAAGCCGUCCCUUACCGCUUAUUAGUGGUCAGAGUGAUGAAGAUGCUGCCUACCUGCUAGAAGAGUCCUCCCCGGCUCGCCUCCCUCCCUGUGCUCCCACCCCACUCCGCAUUUCUCCGGAGUGGGGAGCAGCCCCGCGCUGGCUCUGCUCUGGGUAGGCGAGACAGGCUCUUUCUCAGGAUUAUUGGAUGAUUUUUGGAAAUGCUUGGUAGCACUUACCUUUCUCCUCCUUCAGGAUUUCAGAUGCAUGCCAGGUUCCCACUGAAUGCCAGAAGUAGAGAUCACUACAGAUGGAGCCCCAAAGUCAACAUGGCAGUGGUGGUUCACUAGUGGUGAUCCAGCAGCCCUCCUUGGACAGCCGGCAGCGGUUGGACUAUGACAGAGAGAGCCAGCCGACGACUAUCUUGUCGCUGGACCAGAUCAAGGCCAUCAGGGGCAGCAACGAGUACACCGAAGGUCCAUCUGUGGUGAAAAAAUCUGGUCCGCGGACAGCACCGAGGCAAGAGAAGCAUGAAAGGACUCACGAAAUCAUACCGAUUAAUGUGAAUAACAAUUACGAACACAGACCCAGUCACGUGGGGCACCAGCAUAAUGCGAGGGCUCCCGUCUUGAGCAGGUCGACCAGCACGGGGAGCGCGGCAAGCUCCGGCAGCAACAGCAGCGCUUCCUCCGAGCAAGGACUGCUGGGGCGGUCGCCUCCAUCCAGACCGGGCUCCGGCCACAGAUCCGAUCGGACAAUCCGGGCGCAGCCCAAGCAGUCGUCGCUGAUUGUCGAUGACCUGAAGGGUCCUUUGAAAGAGGACUUGGCGCAGCACAAGUUCAUCUGCGAACAGUGUGGGAAGUGCAAGUGCGGGGAGUGCACGGCCCCCAGGGCUCUGCCGUCGUGCUUGGCCUGCAACCGGCAGUGCUUGUGCUCCGCCGAGAGCAUGGUGGAGUACGGCACCUGCAUGUGCUUGGUCAAAGGGGUCUUCUACCACUGUUCCAACGACGAUGAAGGGGACUCUUAUGCGGAUAAUCCCUGCUCUUGCUCCCAGGCGCACUGCUGUUCUAGGUACCUGUGCAUGGGAGCGAUGUCCUUGCUCCUGCCCUGCUUGCUCUGCUACCCGCCCGCAAAAGGAUGCCUGAAGCUCUGCCGAGGGUGCUACGACCGCGUCAAUCGCCCGGGGUGCCGGUGCAAGAACUCCAACACCGUCUAUUGUAAACUGGAGAGCUGCCCCUCCCGGGCUCAGGGCAAGCCCUCAUGAUUUUUGGAGGGAGGUUUAUUUCCUCCAACUUCAGUUUUUCAGGUUGUAGCUGAUAUUUCCCCCCCCCCCCCCCUUUUUUUUUUAUCCCCCCCUUCCCUCCCCCAUUUUGGGGGAGAGGGGGGCUGUUCUGCUUUCCUUUCUGUCUCCCCAACUUCAGACACACAAGUCCUUCCCUUUGCGUCCUUGCUCUCCUCUUCCCAUUGCCUUGGCUGAGUGUGGAGCGUUUUACGUAGUCGUUGCUGCUCUUCGGUAAGUGUGGACCUGGAUCUGCGUCUGCCGCCCUCCUGGGCAGGGUCUUUUGAGUUUGUACCUGAACCACUCCUGAAAGACACAGUGAGGGCUCACUGGGCUCUGGAAGCUUCUUGCUCUGUGAAUAUCUUCCCAAAGAUGUUUUUCGUUCUCAGCAAUUUGGGGUUUUUUUGGUUUUUUUUUCCUUAACCCCCCGGGUACCAAGGAAGAAUAACUUUCAUGAGUGAGCUGGAUUGUGAAAUAACUUUUUGUGUGUGUGCUUUCUGGAGAGGGAUGUAAAAUAAAGGCUUUACCAAAUGAAAGGCCUGACUCUUCUAUAAGCAGCCUGCUUUUUUCUUCUUUCCCCCUUUUUUUGUCUUAACUUUUGGAACAUUCUCAGUCCUGAGAAUCACCCUGCCUCCUUUUUUUUUUUUUUUUUUUUUUUUUUUUUACAUUUUCAAUGUAACUUCAGAUUUUGCUACGCUAUGUAGAUCUUCACAUUGGAGACAUUAUGGCUGCAACAUACUCAUUUGUUUCUUUUGCUUUCAAAUCUUCGAAGGAUACUGCUCACUCCACCCUCCUGCUCCUCUUUUUAUAGUCUUAUCAGUUGAUAUUAAAGUUGGUGGUGUUCAUAUAUCCAAACAGCCUUCAGGUGUCAUUGGGUCACCUAAACGUUCUUGAAUCCUUAAACUUUCUUGCGCUCCUUUGGUUUAGCGAAUUUAGCUCUGCUCUGUACUUUAUAAUUUUAUUCUGUCCCCGUUUUAUUGCCUUAGCCACAAAUUGUGGUCCUUUUUUGUAUAUUUUAUGUAUAAAACACAAAGUUGAAUCCCAACUAUUUUUAAGACAAAAGUCUGUUAAAACUUUUUUUAUUGUAAAGAAUAUUUAUUAUGUGAAUCUCUAUUAUUUUAUGAUAUUUAUUGCAAAAGACUUUGAAAAUGUACUCAUGUCUGAAUAUAACAAAAUAUCAAUACUUAACGAAAUAAGGAUGACACGAAGAAAGUACAUAUGUUAACUAUAAUGCAGAAAAUAUAUUAAUUAAUGAAAAUGGCUCUCGAGUUCUUUUGUUGCAGUGCCAGGUUGUGAGCUACGUACGCGUAUUGAUGGGCUGUUGGGGUUUCUCCUCCUUGCGGUCUCUCAGGUAGCGAAUAACUUCCUAUUGAUACUUCAAAAACCACUAGUCUGUGCUCCAGCUUAGUUGAGCUAAUUUUACGUUUGCUGACUAUAUAUCGAGUAAGUUUUUGCUAUGGGCUAUUUAAUGCAAUUCAACGUAUACCUUGUGCUUGACAGUGCCAAGAAGGGUAGGCCCUGUUUAUUUACCAAAGUGUUCGGAAAUACAGUUGUGGAGGAGGAAACCAUAACUUCAAGUUUUUUUGUUUCCUGAAGAAUACCAAAUUAACAUGUAAAACCUACUUUAAAUAUACCCAUAUGGGACUUCUUGGCGGGUUAAAUUGUACGUCAACUGAAGUAAUGAAGCUACCAAGCUCAAAUCUAAAUAAAAAGCAAGAGGCAGGAAAAAAAAUAACGGUUGUGUUGCUGUAGUUUGCUAGAUUUGACAUUUGGGGAUGUGUGUGUGUUUGUGCCUGUGUCUACGGCUUGUUUGGUUCCUUUCCCGUACAUUUUCCCAAUGUCAACUGAAUCCAUCUUCUGUCUUUAAUUUAAAGACUCUUAAGGGUGACCUAAGUGUCACGGCUACUCGUGGCCAUUUAACACAUAUUCAACAAAAAAGCUUUUCA